AUGCGCCGCAACGCGCUGGCCGUGACGGCUGUCGCAUCCGCGGAGGGCUCCGGGCCCGCGACUCGCGAGGGCGGCCCUCGGGCGCGCGACCAGGAGCGGCGCCGGCGCCUGUUCAGCAGCGGAGGGUCCCUCGACGAAGAGGCACCCCGCAGCCCCGCGUCUGAGCGGCAGCAGUGGCAGCAGCAGGAGCGCGGCGGCAGGGGCUUCAGCAGAGGUGCCGGCGGCAGGGGUGGCAGGGGCGGCAUUGGCGGCAGGGGCGGCAGGGGCCGUGGCCGCGGCCACGCGCGCGGUAGCACCUUGGAGGGCAUCGGCGACGGCGGUUAUGAUGGCGGCGACCGCGGCGAUGGCGGCGACCGCGGCGAUGGCGGCGAUCAAGCCCCAAUUUCGGAUGAGGUGUUGAGCAUGAUCGGCACGCCUUCGCCCCGGAGCAACGGCGGCAGG